CCGGGGCUUCUUGUCAUCCUUGCGGGUCGAGGGCGACAGUCAAUAUACAGUUAAUCAAAUACAAUAUCAAAUCAAUAUCAAAAUGUACAAUAUCAAAUACAAUUUCAAAUGUACAGUGUCAAAAUACAAUACUAGAGAUUAAUCUUCCAUGAGCAUACAGCUUACCACUGAAUACCUUGCUUUUGGUAGGGAAAAGAAAAGCAAGCAAAAAAAAACAAGAAUAUCAAGGUUCUCUGGAACUGAGAAUCAUCAUGCCACACCUUUGCAUCUGUCACCAAUACUCCAAUUUGUCUUUCCAUGGCACUUCUUGUGCAGUCACUAAGAUUAAGCAACUGUUAACCUCAGAAAGAGAACUCCAAAUCUAGAAACAGUUGGUCUCUGGCUUCAUCCAAGUUGCCAAGCAGCUCUAAGGCAGAAAUGCAAGUCCUCUCUCCAGACUGAAUUGGCCUACAUCAGCAUUCUGCUGGUUUUCUCUAUCACUUCACAAAGGUUUUCCUGAUCAACUUUUUGCAUGGCUUGUAUUGAAAAUGUCCUUGGUGGGCACGGCCCUUCACCUAAUGGAGCAAUUGCAGAUGAGUGUGGGAUGCGGGAGUCGCGUCUGGAAGACAUGUCCCUCCAGCGUUCAAGUUCUAUGCCAAAAGAAGAUGUGGAGGCUUGGGGCCACCAUCGCGUCCUGCUGAGAGCUCCUGUCAAUGUGUUGACUGACCUGUCAAGAGAGCUCCCCUCUGAGACAGCAGGAGCUUGCAUUCGUCACAGUUCCAGAGCUCACAAACACCCCUAUGGGCCACCACCUGUUGUUACUGAAGAGUCCCUAGCAACACCAGAAGUAAAUAGCUCUGAGGGGUUGGCAGACUGGAGGCUUAGAGAACAAGAUUCUAUUAAUGUGUCCCAGGAAUUCUCUGGCAGCCCUCCAGCACUGAUGAUAGGGGGGGCAAGGGUGAGCAGGGGAGACACCCAGAGAGGUGGCAAUAAUGCAAGGUUAUACCUGGUUUUGCCAGGUCAAGGGUUCUUUCCAUCCAGGGGUCUGCAAGUUAGAGGCCCCCCACACAUCCCUACCGUUAGAUCAGGGGUAAUGAUGGAGCUGCCUCCAGGAAAUACAAAAAUGGCCAGCAAGGAAAGGCUGGCUCAUGUUUCUUUCCCACUGGGAGGCCCUCAGCACCCGGUGGAGAACUGGCCUAAGCUUCUCCCUUUGUCUUCCAGUAUUGCUGGUUUACCUUCUCACCCUACUGCUCACUGCUUUAUAUCUCCUCGACCUCCGAGUUUCAGUCCAUUUCUUGCUAUGCCUAUUGUUUUUGCUCCACCCCCAAUAUUUGGUCCUACCCUGCCUUCUUAUUUGGAAAAUUUUCCUUCCUGGGGCAUGCCUGCUCCUGCGCUCUCAAACAGAGAACAACUGAUGACAAAAAAGGGCUGGGGGAAAAGAUGAAAAUUACUCAUUUAUGUUUUUAUAUUUGAAAACCCCCUAUCCUCUUACAUUUUACUUGCCUUAUGUGUUUGGAGAUUCAAUAAAGAUUCUGAAGUUUGAAA